CAUUCGCUGAUGUGAGGAUGAAAAGCCACCAAAGCACUGCUCUCUUUCUCUCUCUCACCCUGGAAUAAGAAAACCAGCAUGUCAACGCUCUCCCUCAGAAACUACUCCUCGAAGCAGGUUGCCAGUUUGACCCGCUCCUCGUGUGGAAUGAGCAGCCAGGUGUUUGCCCGGCAUGCGCCAAGCGUAUACGCAGGUGCCGGUGGCUACGGUGCCCGCAUCUCCUACUCUGUGUUCUCUAGCGGUGGUGGUGAUGGUGGUGGCUUUGGCUAUUUAAGUGGCCUGUCUCUGGGGGGUGGUAGCGGUGGUGGUUUUUGUGGUGAUGCUGGUGGUGGUGCUGGUGGAGAGCUUGGUUGCUCCAUCAACGAGAAGACCACCAUGAUAAACCUCAACGACCGCCUGGCCAUCUACCUGGAGAAGGUGCGCACCCUGGAGGCCUCCAACACCACCCUGGAGAAGCAGAUUCUCGAGUGGAGCCAGAAUCGUGUCAUUGUCACCCAGGACUACAGUGCCUACUGGAAGACCAUCGCUGAGCUCCAGGGCAAGAUCGCUGUAGCAAACAUGGACAAUGCCAGCAUUAUUCUCCAGAUUGACAAUGCCAAACUAGCAGCGGAUGACUUCAGUGCCAAGUACGAGGCUGAGCUGGCAAUGAGGCAGUCCGUCGAGGCUGACAUCGCCGGACUGAGGAGGCUCCUGGAUGAGCUGACUCUGGUCAGAUCCUCCCUGGAGACGGAGAUCGAGGCGCUGAAGGAGGAGCUGGUCUAUCUCAAGAAGAACCACGAGGAGGAGCUCCUGGCUUUGCGUUCUCAGGUGGGCGGGACGGUCAAUGUGGAGGUGGACGCUGCCCCACAGCAGGACACGUCCAGAGUCCUGGAGGAGAUGCGCAUGCAGUACGAGGGCAUCGCCGACAAGAACCGCCGGGAAGUGGAGGCCUGGUACAAAGACAAGUUUGAGGAGCUGAACAAGCAAGUGACCACCAGCACAGAAGUUCUCCAGACGUCCAAGAGUGAGAUCUCAGAACUGAAGAGGACGCUCCAGGGACUGGAGAUCGAACUGCAGUCUCAACUCAGCAUGAAAUCCGCGCUGGAGGUCACUGUGGCAGAGACAGAGGGCAGCUACGGGGCACAGCUGAGCCAGCUGCAGGUGUUCAUCGACAGGCUGGAGGCUGAACUGGUGCAGCUCCGAAUGGACAUGGAGCGCCAGGGCAACGAGUACAAGAUGCUGCUGGACAUCAAGACCCGUCUGGAGAUGGAGAUUGCAGAGUACAGGCGCCUGCUGGAUGGAGAGGAUGAAGGCAAGUUUUCCAGCUCAACUUCAACUGCUUCUACAGCUCCAGCAGUAGUGAAUGCAGUGGAGGCGUCAGAGCCUCCAGUCACCCAGGCCAUGAAGGUAAUUAUCGUGGAGGAGGUUGAUGGUGUGGUGGUCGAUACCAGAGAGGAGAUGAUUUAAGCAGCCCAUGUGAACAGCACCACCCCAGGGAAGAAAAAGGACAACGACUUCCAACGCUCGUGGAAAAAAAAAAAAAAAUCAACAGCUUUCUCUUUUCUGUUAACUUGAUAAGCUAAAAUAAAUAGAACAGUCCAGGAGUCAUCUUGAGAAUUGUACUGGAUAUAGUGCUUGCCCAUAUUUUUGGUUGUCCUCUUCUGCAAAUAAAUAAACAAAUAAAGGGCUCUUUCUUGCAUUGCA